GUUACAAAGGGCCGGAGCGAGGCCGCCGCGGCGCUAAGGAGGUGGGGCGAGGCGAGGCUUGCUGAGGCGAAGCGGCGGCCGGGCCGGGCCGGGCCACAGGCGGUGGCGGCGGGACCAUGGAGGCGGCGGCCGCUGCUCCGCGUCGCCGGCUGCUUCUCGUCGUGUUGGUGGCGGUGGCGACACUGCUCCCGGGGGCGACGGCAUUACAGUGUUUCUGCCACCUCUGUACAAAAGAUAAUUUUACCUGUGAGACAGAUGGGCUGUGCUUUGUCUCUGUCACUGAGACUACAGACAAAAUUAUACACAAUAGUAUGUGUAUAGCUGAAAUCGACCUAAUUCCUCGGGACAGGCCAUUUGUUUGUGCACCUUCUUCAAAAACGGGGGCUGUUACUACAACGUAUUGCUGCAAUCAGGACCACUGCAAUAAAAUAGAACUCCCAACUACUGGACCUUUUUCAGAGAAGCAGUCACCCGGCCUUGGUCCUGUGGAGCUGGCAGCUGUAAUUGCUGGUCCAGUUUGCUUCGUCUGCAUUGCACUCAUGCUGAUGGUCUAUAUCUGCCAUAACCGCACUGUCAUUCACCAUCGAGUGCCAAAUGAAGAGGAUCCAUCGCUAGAUCGUCCCUUCAUUUCAGAGGGUACUACAUUAAAAGACUUAAUUUAUGAUAUGACAACAUCAGGAUCUGGAUCAGGUUUACCAUUGCUUGUUCAGAGAACAAUUGCCAGAACCAUUGUGUUACAAGAAAGCAUUGGCAAAGGUCGAUUUGGAGAAGUUUGGCGAGGAAAGUGGCGGGGAGAAGAAGUUGCUGUGAAGAUAUUUUCUUCUAGAGAAGAACGUUCGUGGUUCCGUGAGGCAGAGAUUUAUCAGACUGUGAUGUUACGCCAUGAAAACAUCCUGGGAUUUAUAGCAGCAGACAAUAAAGACAAUGGUACAUGGACUCAGCUCUGGUUGGUGUCAGAUUAUCAUGAGCAUGGAUCCCUUUUUGAUUACCUGAACAGAUACACAGUUACUGUGGAAGGAAUGAUCAAACUUGCUCUGUCCACGGCAAGUGGUCUUGCCCAUCUUCACAUGGAGAUUGUUGGCACCCAAGGAAAACCAGCUAUUGCCCAUAGAGAUUUGAAAUCAAAGAAUAUCUUGGUAAAGAAGAACGGGACCUGCUGCAUUGCAGACUUAGGACUGGCUGUAAGGCACGAUUCAGCCACAGAUACAAUUGAUAUUGCUCCAAAUCACAGAGUGGGAACUAAAAGGUACAUGGCCCCUGAAGUUCUAGAUGAUUCCAUAAAUAUGAAACAUUUUGAAUCCUUCAAACGUGCUGACAUCUAUGCAAUGGGCUUAGUGUUCUGGGAAAUUGCUCGACGAUGUUCCAUUGGUGGAAUUCAUGAAGAUUACCAGCUACCUUAUUAUGAUCUUGUACCUUCUGAUCCAUCAGUUGAAGAAAUGAGAAAAGUGGUUUGUGAACAGAAGUUAAGGCCAAAUAUUCCAAACAGAUGGCAGAGCUGUGAAGCCUUGCGAGUGAUGGCUAAAAUUAUGAGAGAAUGUUGGUAUGCCAAUGGAGCAGCUAGGCUGACAGCUUUGCGGAUUAAAAAAACAUUGUCACAGCUCAGUCAACAGGAAGGCAUCAAAAUGUAGUUCUGCAGCUUUGCUGGAACUUUUUUCCUCAGAUCUGCUCCUGGGUUUUUUGCAUUUGGGAGGUCAAUUGUUCUACCUCACUGAGAGAACAGAAGGAGAUUGCUUCCUUUUGCAGCAGUGUAAUAAGGUCAAUUGAAAGCUUCCCAGGAUUUCUUGGGGCCCAGAAGCAGCUACGUGGGUUCUUUCUGUGCACUAUGAAUGCUUCUUUCCCAGGACGAUUACAAAAUGUUGGUGUAGUUUACCUUUGUUUUGUAUUAAAACUUGUUCGUUUUUUUUUUUUUUAAAGAUGAGUCUUUGGGUAACUGCUAUGCUGAUGGUCAGCUGUAAGGGUGAAGGAGCUGCAGUGCUGCGUCGGAUGACGCGCUUCUUAUUCCUACUCCUGGUUAGUACAUUCUCAGAGGAUUCUGAACCACUAAAGUUUCCUUUGUUCACUUUGAAUGUACUGUUCUCUAACUUUUCAGGAUCUUAAACUAACACUUAAAACUCUUGUGUCUAAAGAUGACCUCAUCUGGUAGCGAGGAACGUAAUUUAUGCAGUUUAUUUUGUAUACUUUUAUUGUUCUUUCACAUUCAGAACAUGACAUGCCUUCACAGCGGGUUUGUACUGUACCAGUAAGUGCCACUUCUGUGUCUUUCUAAUGGAAAUGAAUAGAGUUACUUAAAGUCUCUGUGUUAUCCUGUAGUGUUUCAAUUCAAAAAGUUUAUUUAUCUGGGUAACCUAAACCUUUUUUUAGGUUUGUUUUUGUUUUUUAAGAGUUUUUGUAGUAGAUGUCAGUCAGUAUUCUAUUUUCAAAAUGCCUUUUUCCUACCAAAAUGUGCUUGAACCACUAAAGAAACACAGUGGCAUUAAUUAGUAAUGGUUAUCCUGGUCAUUUUGGGAUAUUCUCACAUUGAGCUUUGCAGAUAGUGGUAUUGUCGAGUGUGUUUUAAAAAGGCAAGCACCACUCUAGAUGCUUAUAAGCGCUUGAAUGACUUAACCUUUGAGCAUACAGACUAAUUUUUCUGGAAGGGAAACUUUGUCUAGCUGCUUGUGGAAAGUUGUGUGGUAUUCUGGAAUCAAUUUUUUUUUCCUUAUAUCUGAUCAAAAACAGUGUUUUUUUUUUUUAAGAAAUGAAUUACAUUUAAAAUUCAAAUAUGGUUAAUGUCAGAUGAUAGCCCUUUUCCUAGGAAGACAGAGGCAGUUAAUUUGAAUAGACAGAGAAGUGUAUGUGACUGUCACAUGUUACGUAGGUAUGCGUGUCUAGUGAAUUUUCUGUCCUGAGGAGGUUGGAGUUAGUGUGGCAUUGAGGUCUCACUAUACUUUGAGGAAGGCAGCUUUUAAUUCAGUCUUUUUUAUGUCAUACGUGUAGAUAUUGCAACUGUUUGAUUUACAUGGUGACAUUGAAUUCAAUGCACCCUUGUUAAUUGUGAGAGGUGGUAACAAAGGGGCGUUCUGAGCUCUCCCUGUAUAGAUGUUUUCAGGCAGGUGUUCAAAGUGGGCCUGUUGGAGUCUUUGUGCCCAAUGUGGCAGUUAGUUGGUGAACAACUGGGUUGUUCUUCCAGUGCUGCAAAGUCUUUGCAGGGCUUUUACUUUGAGUCCUUUUUAUCACUGUGAUCUUCUGAAGGGGAAAAUAUUAUUAGAGCUUGAGGCAAGACCUUGACCACAGUGAUAUCAAUUCCUAGAUAAAAAGGUCAGAAUAACCUUUGUUUUAGCGGAGAAAAGAUUGUGACUGUUGAUGCUGAGCUACACACUGCUUGGGUCCUAUCUCAAACCUAGAAUAAAUUUGAAGACUAUUUGGUCUUAAAACCAAAGUAAUUUUAGGAUGAAUGACAUGUUACAUAAGAAUUUAGUGUCAAUUUCAUGCGUUCAAAACCAUUAUGGGAAAAAUGUACUUAGAAGUUAAUAUGUUGACUACAAAUUUGAGUUCUUUUGGUAAUUAUGAUUUCAUCAAAGUAAGUUUGAAAGGUUUGUUUGUUAUGACUGUGUUAUGCUACCUGCUUAAUAAUCUCUGCUUCUGUCAUCAGGUACUUUGGGGUUUGUUUUUUUGUUUGUUUCCAUUUCUAAGCCUAUGAGAUCUGCUUUAUGAAAUCCAGGGGACCAAUGCAUUUUAUCACUAAAACUAUUUUUAUAUAAUUUUAAGAACAUACCAAAAGUUGUCUGAGUUAAAGUUGUAAUACACAGUUUUUCACUUUCAUUUAAGAAAAUAAGUUUUUGCUAAAGAUAUUCUGUAUUACAUCAGAGGUUGAGGGACAGUUACACUGUUCUUGCCUAAGUGGAUAAAAUGUACUUUUGAUAAAUCAGGGAAUUAUUUUUUUGUAAAGUUGGAAUUUAGUUCUAAAUUGAGUUUACAUGUUACUGCAGCUAUUGGGGGGGCUGUCUAGGGAUAGUGUAAUGAGCCCCAAUUGGCUAAUAUAGAAUAUGAAAAUAAUAGAAUAUUAAAGUAACUUAAAAGCUGAAAUGGUUGUGAUAACUGUGGCCAUACCUGUAGAUAAGUUUGACCAGACACAUCCUUUUAUUUGUCAUUUUAUAAUACAGUUCCUUGUUUUUAUUGCCCAUUCAAGAUGCUCACCUUCCAAAAUUUAGUGUGGCCAGAACAUAUCUUCUUACAGAUUACCUGCCCAUAUCAUCUGGUCAGUGCCCUGGACCAUGAGGAGGGAAGUCUGACUUACUGGGGCACAGACUUUUCUGUCAUCCUUUACAUUUGCAGGUCUGUUCCUCCCAACCUGCCUUGCUUUGGCCUCUGGCCCAGAGCCUGUUGCCCCCACCCCACUCCAGCCUUUGACUGAAGAGUUGCUUUUGAGACCUAGAAUGUAAAUGUGACAUAGUUCUACUUCCUUGAGUCACUGACUGUGGCAGGGAGGUAUGUGCAAGUAUGGAGAGUGAGAGAUGAAGCCUUGGAUGCUCCUGCUGGGAGCCCUGCUUUGACUUCAGCUAUGGGUAAGGAAUGGGGCAGCAGCAAUGGGGCAGCUGUGGCAGAGGGAGUUGCCUCAGAAGAUAUGGCCAGUUGUGUCUGCUGUAGGCCUGAAGAGCUGAGCCUGUGAUCCUGCUGUGAUGUAGUGCUCAAUAAGUACCUGAGGCUGAAUGCAGUUCUCAGUUCUCACUGCAAAAUUAAAGUGGUCACUUGACCAUGUUGCAAUCCCAUAUAUAUUUUGUCCCUUUUCUCUAUACUGUUAAAUGCAGACAUUUGGAAAACCAAUGACAAAAUACUAAUUAACAUGCACACUCAAAUCUGCCUAUAAGAUAUAUCAAAAGUUUUUGUUUUUUACUCCAUUCACUGAAAGAUCAAUUGUAAAUCAUUUCAUUUGUUUCUUGAUCAUGGCAGUGUUCUGGCUCGAAAUCAUGAUUCCAAAUAAUGGUUCUGUUACAGUUCAGCAAAAAAGGUUGGCAUGUUUGAGAUUCUGAAGAAGAGCUCUAGACAAGCAGCUUCAUGCUUGGAUGUUGGAAUUCCCAUGCGCCUCUCUAGGAAGGCUGAGGAUGUCAGUACAUUAUUUUCAAUCCUGUUAUGCAAUCUUUAUUUGUAAACAUAAAAUUUUUUUAAUGCUGUUAAUAACAUUCGACCUCUUUCUUAAAACUUAAAGUGAAUUUUUUUUUAUUUUUUAACAAGAUUUUCGAAUUGAAUAUCAUGAACUGUUUUGAUACUCCCUUUUCACAUUGUGCCAAUGGAAUGGGGUGUUUGAUAUUUCUUUAUAUGUCAAGAAGAUGCUUCAAAUGUCAUUUGCUUUAAACUGAAAUUACCUCUCAAGAGACCAAGGUACUUUACCUCAUUGUGUAUAUAAUGUCUAAUAUUUGUCAAUGCAUUCUCCAGGUUUGCAGUUUCAUUUCUAUAAAGUAUGAGUAUUAUAUGUUGCUAAGUUACUCAAAUGGUACUGUAUUGUUUGUGCAAAAAUUUUUUGUCUCUCUUGGUGUGAUCUCUACCCUUUCUGAUAUGUACAGAUGUCCAUAUAAACUUCAUUGCAUUUGAAUGAUUUUGAGAAGCCUAUAAAGCCUGUAAACUUCAUUUCCCCAUAAGUUUUUAAAAAUUGUACAUUGUGUUUGUAGUAAUAUUCCAAAUGAACUGUAAAUAGGAAAUAGGAGAGUGAUGCUUAUGUUAAAUCCUAACACUACAGUAGAAAAUUGGAAGCAAUGCAAAUAAAUUACUUUUUUUCUUCAA